AUGCUAUCAUGCAUUAUGGCCGCAAUUCAGUCAGCAGUAAUCGGUACAUUCAUAAAUUCUAGUAAAGAAUCUUGGAGGUUAGAGUGGAAUCUACAACUUAUUACUAUACUAUACUCGGGAGCAUUGGCUACUGCUGCUACUUUUUGCUUACUAUCAUGGACAAUUACAAUUAAGGGACCUACUUAUCCUCCAAUGUUCAAUCCACUUGCUCUAGUUUUUGUUGCAAUAUCAGAGGCUAUUGUACUGGGCGAACCACUAAGAAUUGGAACGUUAUUGGGCAUGAUUUUCAUCAUUCUAGGAUUAUAUUACUUUUUAUGGGGCAAAAAGAAUGAGAUGCCACGUCUAUCUCAAACAAAUGUAGCAGCUUCAGAAUUAUCAAUAACUAUGGCUGGUGAUCCUACUGUGCCUAAAUCAACAACAAUUGUAGCACUGAAUUCUUCACCUGAUGAGAGUAUACCAUGA